AUGCCCCGGGCACCGACGAGUGGGCGCACAGGGAAGCCGUCUACUCCAAGGAGAAGGAGGCGGUGCUAUCAUUCCUCUCGGGUCCGCCCGCGUCCUGGUUAUGUAUAUGCUGUGCUUCUCCUUCUGUCCUCUGCGAGCUGGCGCAAGUGGACGUACCCCCAGGAGCUGAACGCCCUGCAGACCGGAAGCGCCUGGCAGCUGAGCGGCAUCGUCCGCUCGCAGGGUGGCUGCGGGAGCUGCUGGGCGAUGGCGGCCACGGCCGUGCUCGAGGCCCGCAUGGAGGCCAACGCCACGAUCAUGGGCUCCCUGCGCCAGGUCCUCGACAGCGAGGGGAGGACCGCCUCGGACUCGAGGCUGUCUGGAGACGCGGUCACGCACUGCACCAAGAACCCGCGGAACUGCGGCGGCACGGGCGGCUGCGACGGCGCGACGACCGAGCUGGCGUUCGACAUGAUGAAGGAGUCGGGAGUCCCCCUGCAGGACGACUUCGGGGGAGAGUGCUCCACGGCGAGGGCGCUGGUUGGCAUCACCGGCUACGAGGUCCUGCCCUCUAACAAGCAGCACCCGCUUCUGCAGGCCCUGUUCGAGUCUGGGGGCCCCAUAGCUGUGUCCGUGGACGCCUCCACGUGGUUCGGGUACCACGCCGGCAUCUUCUCGGACACGACGGGUGGGAGUAAAGCCGAGUUUGUCAUCAACCACGCGGUCACGCUGACGGGCUACAAGAUGCCGAAAGGCACCGAGAUGGGGUACUGGCGCAUAACUCUUGGGGCCCCAGUUGGGGCGAGAACGGGUUCAUCCGACUGGAGAUGA